AUGGUGGCUGAGGGGCUGUCUGGUCGGGUUUCUAAUGCGAUUGCUCUAGGGGAUUUUAAAGGGUUCCAUAGUAAUGACAAUCUUAGUUUGGGGCUGCUGCAAUUCGCUGAUGAUACCGUCCUUGUUUGUGAUGGUUCUUGGAAAAAUCUUUGGAGUGUGAAGGCGGUUGCGGGGUUCUUGUCGUGUGGUAUCGGGUCUCCGUCUUUCUCCUUUCUUGGUAUUCCUAUUGGUAUUAAUCCUCGUCAUUGA